AUGGCUAUGAAUUAUGACUUACAAAAUGAACCAAGCAAUGAUCCAGAUCCGACGGAAGCGCAAGCAAAUGAAUUGGAAGCGGGUGGGCUUCAGCUGAACAGACCUCAUUACCAUCAGGAAGAACUGAACACGGAAAUGAACUACAGUAAAAGGAAGCGAAAAGUGACGGAUGAAGUGCUAAGCGCGGUCGGUAAUAUAAGUUUAGUCGGCUGUGUAAAAAGUGUGUUCCCCAUUGUUGCCUGGCUGCCGGAAUAUAGAUGGAAGGCUAACUUCACCGAUGAUGUGAUUAGCGGUUGGACGGUUGGUUUGAUGCAACUUCCUCAGGGGAUGGGAUUCGCCAUGUUGGCCUAUUUGCCGCCGGUCGUGGGCAUCUACAUGGCCUUUCUACCGGUGCUAGUGUACUUUUUACUGGGAACCUCUCGCCACAAUUCGAUGGGAACCUUUGCCGUAAUGUCAGUCGUAAUAGGACACAUCGUACUUGAGUACUCUACGGUUAGAUCAUCUGGGAAUAUGACCGGAAACACACUUACUCUGCCGAACUGGAACCUAUUGCAGUCGAUGGUCCUGGACGGUUUCAUAGUGGCAAUCGUGUCGUACGCGGCCACCGUUUCGAUGGGAACCAUCUACGCUCAGCGAGAAAAGUACGAACUGGACUUCAACCAGGAACUGCUAGCGAUGGCCGCAUGCAAUCUUUUCGGUUGCUUUUGCUCCUGCAUGCCCAUAGCUUCGUCGUUGCUGCGUUCGACUGUGCAGUGUCUAACAGGCGGAAAGUCCCAACUGGCCUCUAUCAUUUCCUGCUGCUUCAUGGCCGUGAUUUUGCUGUACAUCGGACCGUUCUUUGAACCGCUGCCGGCUUGCAUUCUGUGCGGAAUAAUAUUGACCGGCAUGAGGCGCUUGCUGCUACAGGUGACAGAGUUUAUCGACUUCUGGAAGCUAAGCAGCAUUGACGGAAUGGUCUGGAUGGGGACUUUUGUGACCGUGGUGUUGAUCGGUAUCGACACUGGUUUGCUCGUGGGCAUCGGAUUGAGCUUUUGUUCUAUUUUCGUCCGAGGUUUAAAGUCCUAUACUUGCUUGCUGGAAAAUGUUCCCGAUACCGACCUGUACUUGGAUUUCAAUAGAUACAAUGGAACAGUAAGCAUUCCAGGAAUUAAGAUAUUCCAUUACAGUGGCAGCUUGAACUUUGUCACUAGAUCUGUUUACAAGACAAGUCUCUGCAAGGCACUCAACAUAACGCGAGAACUGAAACAGCACGAAAAUAAUGUAGACAGUCGUCGUCUGAACUUGCGCUACCUGGUGUUGGAUUGUACGCGAAUCAGUGACAUCGACUUAUCCGCAGUUUUUUCACUUAAGUUGCUGAUUAACGAGUUGGAAAAUCUAGCGAUUACCGUACUGAUAGCUGGACCGACUUGUUCGGUUUACAAUACAAUGCGAAAAUGUAAGCUCGUUGGUACGGAAGAAGACACCAGAGAGGUUUUUCCGACGGUACAUGAUGCGGUCAUUUGGGCAAAGAACUGCAUGGUUCCACGACCGGCUCGGAUCAGUGUCGAUGUAACGAGGUUCUAG